UUCUAUAAAACAGCUACUACCGCAAUUCCCUUUUUCUAUCUUGCCCUCACUAUAGCCAGACUCAAUACUCUCAUCUUUUAGACACAUUCGACCUAAACUUCAGUCACAUACGGUUGUAGAUCUCGAUACAUUCCUCGUUCAGGAGAAGGUUCACACAUAAAAUCUCAACUACUGUCCUCACCAAACCUCCUCACAGAACAACAUGUUUCUCAUUACCAUCUUUACCGGGGCCGCUGCUCUUUUGCUCGGAACUGAAGCCAGCGCCGUGCCCCGUCAGGCCAUCGCAGACCCGCACAUUACCAACUUCCGGAUCUGGAGCGCAGAGGGCUGUGCUCAAGAGGGCAACCUCGGCGUGUGGACCAUCACCACGUCGCAGACCAAUGUUUGCCAGCCGACAUUUAAUGCGCCGGGCGAUGAUGUCAAGUCGAUCCGUCUCAACAGCCUCGUCGACGGUUGCGAAGGUUAGCACCUUAUCCCUCUU